UUCUUACAAUACUGUCGGGGCGUUCUACAACGUCGGGAUAUCGUACAGCAAAACAGACGACAUUGAGAAAAGUGUCAUAUUUGCUGUCGUUUUUGCACCAAACCUUGCAUGGAGAGCUCCGGACGCGACGACAAAGCCACUUCAGCUUUGCGACCUGGUGCGAGUGCCAACUAAGAGCCUCGGACAAGACGUUCCCGAAUUCGAUGUUGAUGUCUUCGCUAUUCAUGUGUUCCAUGACCAUGAGCACGAACUCUUGGUUUGGAGCCUCACAGAUCAGUGCCGCCAACCGUGUAUUGCCCCGUCUUAAUGUAUUGACAAGCGGACACUCGACCGUGAGAUACGGGAUUAUCUCUUGUCCACCAUUCACGAGGCUAGCGCCACUGCGGACAAGCAGUUCAGCAGCUUCGCUAUGGUCAUAUUGAGUAGCAUAGGCGAGGGCCGUAUGCGAGUCCACUUCAGUGUCGUUGACGUAGUCCUUAGCAUCAGAGGAUUCCUCCAAAAGCUUGCGGAUUAUGGGGAGCAAGCCCAAGGCUGAACAAAUUUGCAAAACGCCAAACAUGGAGCAUACCCUCCUCGUCGCCCACCGCAUGUGGUCCUUCAUAAUUCCGUCUGGGUCAUACUCGAGCCACCAAGCAGUGCGGAG